AUGUCAUCGAGCAAUCAGUCUGGACAACAAACCACCGAACACUCUCAUAGAGCCGAGGCAGACAUUAGUCUUACUUCUGCAGGCGAGAGCGAAGAGUCUCUUCCUUUUGACCUGAGGUUUCUGGGAGACCUUAUGGUUGUGGACAGUCUGGUAACUAGUUUGCCCGAAGAAGAGCUCGAUCAACAGUUCGAGGGUAUUAGGAGAAAGAUGACUGACAGUCUCGACAACAGCAUUGAUGACCUGCAAGCGUUGGACGAAGAGCAGGGCAUUGAAGGCGGCGACGAUGCUGACCAUCAAGUUACUCAGGAAGAGCUGACAGACGCCAUCAUUGCAGUGUUGUCAGAAGUUAUUCCCGAGGUCGCUGCGAGCGUGAGGCGCCGAGUGGCCCAAGCACUCUCCACAGCCGACUUGAAAGCCAGAAUUCUGCACGAAAGAGGCGUUAGAACGAUCGAAGGGGAGAACGCCACAUCGGAUCUGACUACGAAGUUGAUGAACGGGUUGCUCAUAGACGUCGGGAACGACAACAUCGACGACAGAAGUGACACGCAAGAGGCGAAAGAUUCGGUCCAUGCUGGGACGCAAGAUACCCAAGAGGAGGGCGGCACAGCUUAG